UGACACAGGGCAGGAUGGGCUGCUCUAGGCUGCUAGAAAGGCUACUGCUAGGCUACUGUAUGGAGGAAUGACAGCCAGAUUGGGAAUGUAGCCUUGUGUGCCUGUCUUCUAUAGCCUCAGUAGACACAAGUUUAGUGAACGGGACUAAGAAUAUAGUGGCAGAUUGUCUAUCACUGACCAGAUCAAGAGCAACCAGCAGAUUUGGACGAGCUCACACCACAUGGGAUCUCCUGUACAGCAGGUACUGUACUUAUGUGUCACUCUGUUGUCCCAUGGUAAGAGCUAAGGCAUGAUCAUUUAUAAUACUUUCAUUAUCUGCAAUUGUCUUCUUUAAAUACUGCACUGUCAUCAAACAUUUUCAAUGGUGUUUUGUUGUUUACAUCUUCCUGUUUGUUGUUGUUGACAGAUCCCCAUGUUGACUGGUGAGGAGGAGGAGGACCAUGCAGUGGGAUGAUGCCCUCCCUCUUCCCCUGGGGCAGGAACUAUGUUUGCAUUGAACCCUGAUAGAGCUGAUGUCGAGCUACACCAUACCGAGCCACACUGCGUCACAUUACUGACAGACGGUUGUCACCUCCCUGACAAGACAAUAAGAACACACACAUACCCAUACACUGCCCCCACUUGGACACGGAAGCAGAGGCGACACUGGUGAUAGAGGGAAAGAGAGAGCGAGAGAGAGCAAGCAGACAGAGAGCUGGUCUGGGCUGUGGCGUGCAUCAUUGACAAGCCUUUUAACUAUAGAGAGGCAGAUAAAUGCUUUGUAUCAUGGGUCUGUGAGUCUGCAUAGAACACACAAACAUAGACUGCCAGCCGCUACCCGCCUCCUGCAGCAGUGGACAGCACCCGGCUGGAUAUGUAUGUCCAGGUAAGAAGGAAAGAGGAGGGGUGUAUGUGUUGAGUAAAUCACUUUGAAAAAUGAAGUGUUGGGGUUCUUAUUUUGUAGCUUUGUAUAAUAUGUGGUACGUGCAUGGAAAAGUAAAGUUUGAACUCACGUGAGCAGUAGCCAACAACAUGUUCAUCUGUUGUUCUAUUGUGUGGGUGUCUCCUCCCUUACAGAAUCCAUCAUUAAACACAAAGAGCAUUCUGUUCCCAGUGUCCCAGUGAGGAAUGGAACUGCUGUGCUUUGAUAGAGUAUAAAAAGAGUAUAAUGGUGACGGUUUUGUUUCAAGAUUGGUGGUAGAUGAAUAAAAACUGGAAAGUGGAGUGGAAAGUGAAACAUCAUACUAUCAACUUUAAUCCCUCUGAAUGAGGCAAAGGAGAACUGUAGUAGUCUAAAUUAAAUGUGAGAAAUCCUGUGAUAUUUAGGCCUAUAUGUAUAACGCAGAAUAGCAACGGCAUGUGUUUAGUUCUGAGGUGUUCAUUCUAUUUUGGAUCAGACAUGUCUGGAGCCUGCAGGCCUCCUGUCUGUCACUGUCCAGAGUUUGUGUGUGUAUGUGUGUGACCCACUGGCAGCAGUAGAAUCAUAUCAGGACUCUGAUCCCAUAUGGCAGAAGCUUCAACACAUUAUCUACACUCUUUGAAAAAAGGUUCCAAAUGGUUCCCCAUAGGAGCACCCUUUUUGGUUCCAUGUAGAAAGGAAAGGAUUCUACCUGGAACCAAAAAGGGUUCUUCAAAGGGUUCUACUAUGGGGAUAGCUGAAGAACUUUAGAUUCUAGAUAGCACCUUUUUUUGUGUAUCGACAACGCCCCCUCUCUCCUCCACUUCUUCAGAUAAUAAUGUUUUAUUACUUUAUGCUUUAUGACACAAUCAACUUAGCUGUGACUUUUAAUAUUACUGCCAUUUGUUGUGGUCCUCUGUAGCUCAAUUGGUAGAGCAUGGCGCUUGUAACGCCAGGGUAGUGGAUUCGAUCCCCGGGACCACCCAUACCUAAAAAUGUAUGCACGCAUGACUGUAAGUCGCUAUGGAUAAAAGCAUCUGCUAAAUGGCAUAUUAUAUUAUUAUAUUUUAAACAAAGAUAGUGGGUGUGGCAAUGUGUGUUUUAUUGUUCACUAGAUCCAUAGCCCUCUCCUGUCUGCAUUCUUCAAAUCACAAUAAAAGUUGUUUUCCAAAGUAAGUUAUAUAAGAUGAAGGAGAGGACAAGGGAAAACAGAGUUAGUGAAAGUCAAAGCUUAUCUACCCUUGGGUUCCCAACACUUAAAUAUCUAAACUACAGUAUCUGCACCUCAGAGGCCCUUCCAAGAAUCUCAAUUUAAUCAAACUUGCUGUGCAGUAUUCAUCCAGUAGCAUAUUAAUGUAAUUGUGUCCUGUAGUCAAAUAAAAUGAGGAGGUACAAUAUAUAUAUAUAUAUAUAUAUAUAUAUAUAUAUAUAUAUAUAUAUAUAUAUAUAUAUAUAUAUAUAUAUGCCAUUUAGCAGACGCUUUUAUCCAAAGCGACAUAGAGUCAUGCGUGUAUACAUUUUACAUAUGGGUGAUCCUGGGAAUCAAUCUCACUAUCCUGACAUUACAAGCACCAUCCUCUACCAACUGAGCUACAUGCAAAUGAUUUGAUGAAGCUUGUGACUAAAUUACACAUUUACCACUUUUUUAGGGUUCAAUAUUCCAACUGCAUGUUACAUAUCAUCAGUGAUAAAAUUCCAAUGAGCUAGCCAAAUCAAACAGUAUGAGUAGCCUUCAAUAAAAUGAGUUUUAUUGUACAUGGUGAAAUUCCAUUAUCUAUUACGGACCAGCUGAAUGCUUCUCAUUAAGUCGUUUCAGUGUUUCUAAACAAGGGGUUAUAAAACAGUCUCUCAGUCUCAUUUAGAAGUUAGUGGUUUGUAACAUUCAACUCACCUGAGUGUUGGUUUCUGUGAAUGUUUAAUCAUGUGUGUUCUCCACAGGGGCAGCGGGACAGUCACAGUCACAGAGAGACUAGCUAGCUGAGCCCAGAGGACCACAAUCAACAGGUGGAGCUGAACGAAUAAGCUAUUAGUCACAGGCUCAGCCAACGAGACCAGGGACAGAAGCAUCAGUAGAAGGCCCUGUUAGUGAGAGCUCUAGAGAGCAUACAGAAGCCACAGCCAUUGUUUAAAACAACUCCAGAGACAACAACUGAAGCCUUGCCCCAGAGACUGAAGUCACUGCAUAGAGCUCCGGAGACAACACUGAAGCCAGCGAAACCACAACCCCUGAGCCCCAAAGAGACCACCACUGCGGGAUGGCUUCAACACUGUGACUGACUCUAGACCCACUGUAGUUCCAACUGUACAGCUGGGAACCAGAGCUAAAGGAGAAUAAUAGGAUACUAAACUCACGUCUCAAAGGGAUUCUUGUGUGUUUGUCUGUGUGGCUGUGUGUGUGGUUCUGUGUGCGUUGUUUUUCAUGUGUAGCUGUGCAGUGUGUGAGCUAUUAUUGUGUUAAGAUCUGUGUGUGUAGUUCUCUAUCAGCAGAUGUUGCAGAAAUGGCCAGCAUGGUGGUCCAGCUCCUGGGCUUCUUCCUGUGUCUGUUGGGGCUUGUGGCUAGUGUAGUUGCUACGGUGCUCCCCGACUGGCGGCGGACUGCAUAUGUGGGCUAUAACAUCAUCACAGCCACUGCCUACAUGAAGGGGCUCUGGAUGGAGUGUGUGUGGCACAACACAGGCAUCUACCAGUGUGAAGUACACCGCUCAAUGCUGGCUCUGCCACCUGACUUGCAGGUAGGAAUAAUUUGUUGAUUGAUUUGUUAAUUGAUUGAUUGAAUGGAUUAAUUUGAGCAACAGCCAUUAUGCCUUUCUCCUCCCUCGACCCUGCUCCCUCCCUCUAGGCAGCGCGGGCGUUGAUGGUGCUAUCCUGUCUGACCUCCACCCUGGCAGCCCUGGUGUCCUCUGCAGGGAUGAAGUGUACCCGCUGUGCCCGAAGCUCCCCCACCAAGCACGCCCUGGCCAUCAGCGGAGGGGUCUGCUUCCUGUCCGCAGGCAUGCUCUGCCUUAUCACUGUCUGCUGGACAACCAACGAUGUCAUCCUCGACUUCUACAACCCCAUCCUACCUGAAGGUAUUAUUAAUUAUAUCAUUCCUGCUUUAUUUAGUUGUAUUGUAUUAGAACUCAGCUUUUGCUUAUAAAUAACAAGACAUUUUACUAUGUGUUGCAGGUAUGAAGUAUGAGAUUGGCAUGGCUGUGUAUUUGGGCUAUGUCUCAGCCUGUCUGAGUCUGAUGGGAGGGGCGGUGCUCUGUUGGAACUGUGAGGGGCGGCCCAGGAACCCCCUCCAUCUACCUCGUCAUCAACACCCUCCUCCUCCCCCUGUCUUCAGUACUUUAAACACCCCAGCACCCCCCUACUAUCCCCCUGCCGCACUGAAUGGCAACCGCACUCCCUCACGCACCUCAGCAUCCAGCAGUGGCUACAGACUCAACGACUACGUCUGAGGGAUGGAGUGAACACUCAAUUAUUGCUUUCUAGAAGUGGAAGUGGACACACUUAAUGAUUAUGUUUGAAUGUGGAAUAUAAUACAGACUGAUUGACUACGUCUAAGGGAGGUUCAAACUCAAUGACUACAAAAUAAAGACUCAAGUUACUUUUAAGUGAGGAAGUACACACUCAAUGACUUUCCAGAUGACCUCCAGAGAGUGAGUGAGGUUGAGUGUGGUUUACAGUAUUGAUGUUGUUCAGAUUGUGUCCUUCCUCUCUAGGGCUUCUCCGAGGUAAAGCCCACAAGGUAAUCCUGUCCUCUUUAUCCUGUUGACUUUGUAUGUUUACCCUAAGAAUCGAGAAACACCCUUUUGAACAUCAACAGCCUUAUUCCCUGAUACAAAAUGAGCUUCCUUCAUAAAGGCCUUUAGGACAAUGAUAGCAUGUAUGAUAAUGAUAAGCCAUAUAGUUUUCUUUCAAAUGUAUUAUUAUUAUUGGUUCCAGUUUCAUAGCUCAUAACUUCAUGGCUGUUAGAUGAACACAAAUAUAUUUUUAACUGCACCAAUUGUUGUGAAGCACUUCCUGUCUUCUCUAUUAUUUAAUAUAUGUAAACUGCUUUAUACUUCUACUGUUAUUUUAAAAUGCAAAGUCACCAUGUUCCAACAGACUACGUUUGAGCUUGAGUGUGGUGGUAGGAUAGGCUACUACUAACUACACUGAACAAAAAUAUA